AUGACGGCACAAGACACAACAACGCAAAAGCUAGACAUGGAGCUGGACAUCAUCGGGCAACAGCCUCUCAUGACCGAGAUCUACACUCAAAUCAGCUUUGUCUUUCCCGUUACCGAUGACUCCACUCAUCCCGCUAUCCUCGACACAUUCAACAAGGGUCUUCAGCGCCUCUCACAAGCGUUCCCGUGGGUGGCUGGCCAGGUGAAGAAGAAUGAGACUGAUGCCCUCAGAAUUACUCCUUUUGAAGAAAUACCGCGAAUGAUCGUCAAGGACCUUCGGAAUGACCCUUCUGCACCUACCAUGGAGGCCCUGAGAAAGGCGGAAUUCCCAAUGAAGAUGUUUGACGAAAACGUCAUUGCGCCACGGAAGACUUUGCCAAUUGGCAUUUCGCCUGACGAGCCAAGUCCCGUUCUCAUCUUCCAACUCAACUUCAUCCAAGGCGGUAUUAUUUUCACAGUCAAUGGACAGCAUGCUUGCAUGGAUAUGACAGGCCAGGAUGGAAUUACCCGACUUCUAUCUAAGGCCUGCCGCAACGAAGAAUUCACCGAAGAGGAGGUCAAGGUCAUGGCCCUGGAGCGCAAGGGUCUUGUCCCUUUUAUCGAUGAUUACAAACUCGACAAUGAGCUGAGGCAUCAAGUCGUCAAGCCCCCCUCAACCGAGAGCGCGCCAGCUCCUCCCAAGGCGAGCUGGGCGUUCUUCUCAUUCGGCCCCGAAGCCCUUUCUGAACUCAAGGAUGAGGCGACCCGAACACUUCAGGAUGGCGUUGAUGGAGCGGCCAAGCCUAAGUUCGUCUCAACCGAUGAUGCCCUGUCGGCAUUUAUCUGGCAGUGCACCAGUCGCGUCCGUCUUCCCCGCGUAGAAGAAUCGGCCCGAACUCUAUUCUGCCGCGCCGUUGACGUCCGAACCCAGCUUGAUGUGCCCAAGGACUACCCUGGCAUUCUACAGAACAUGGCCUACAGCAGUUCGACCUUGUCUCAAAUAUCCAACGAGCCUCUUGGCGCUGUGGCCUCUCGUCUACGAUCCCAACUUAAUCGCGAGUCUCUGCGACGUCGGACACAAGCGUUUGUUUCACACAUAGCCAAGCACCCGGGUGUCCUGUCUGUUACAGCAGAUGCCGACCCAUCCACGGAUAUCAUGUUGAGUUCUUGGGCUAAGACUGGAUGGUGGAACUAUGACUUUGGUCUUGGGCUGGGAAAGCCUGAGAGCGUAAGAAGACCGAUCUUUGAGCCUAUGGAGAGUCUGAUGUAUCUUAUGCCCAAGAGGCCUGAUGGGGAAAUUACUGCUGCUCUGUCUUUGAGAGAUGAGGAUAUGGAGAGAUUGAAGGGCGAUGAGAGGUGGACGAAGUUUGGACGGUUCAUCGGAUAG